AUGGCCGACCGAUUCCCUUCCAUCGAAGACAUCGAUGCCGGAGAAACAGACAUCCGUCCCGACCCAGCUGCUCAAGGUGGCAGCCUCGAGGAGCGCGAGCGGGCCCUUCUAGGAGAAGACGCGGAACUAUUUGCAAGCACUCAACCGGGCGCCGCGACCGUCGAAGACGGCGAUGGUGAUCUAUUAGGCGGUGACGACGGAGACUUCAUAUCGGCCCCUGCGGCGGACUCUGCGGUGGGAGCAGGGAACGACGACCUAAACGAGUUCGAGAGCUCGUUUCCGGCUAUUGACACACAGAACGACAACGUCGGUCCAGGCGGCACCAUCACCGAUUCAGGCAUCCCCUUCCACGGCACCUCCACGCCCGGCGCAGGCGCAGGCUACACGAACUACACGGCCCCAUCACAGCAAGAAGAAGAAACCGAACCGAUCAAAGAAUGGCGGGCCAAGAGAGACGCCGACAUCAAACGCCGCGACGAGGCCUCGGCCCGCAAAAAGGAAGAAACCAUCGCCACUGCCCGUAAGGACAUUGACGCCUUUUACGAACAGUACAACCGCAAGGUCGACAAGCAGAAAGCCCAGACGGCCAAGGAGGCCGAGGAGUUUCUGGCAAAGAGAGAGGACACCACUGCCGGAGGGACCAGCUGGGAGCGCAUUGCAAAGUUGGUCGAUCUUAGUGGCAAAGGUCAGUCCGGAGGCGGCGACGGCUCGUCUAAGAAGAUCUUCCGCGAUCUCUUGCUCAGUCUGAAGAACGACAAGAAUGCUCCUGGGGCCGGUGGUGUUUAA